GAAGGGAAAGCACAGAAUCAUCAUUUCAUGGAAAAAGAAAAGGGUUGAUUUUUUAAUCAUUGAAAAUUUUUGUAUUGUUAUUAUUUCUAGCAGUCACAAUGUAAGGCAUGUAUACCCCCGUCUACCCUAGUUAGUUAAAAAUAAUGGGAACUAUUGAAAUUUCAAUUGGGCAGACGGCAGGCCUACGGUUUUUCUGGUGGACUGCGGGAGCACUGGAAUACACGUGAUAGGCCCGCAAGAUCGGUUUGUAUCCAUCGUGCGGAACACGAAUCAAGCGGUUCAAAUGCACCGUCACAUAUGACUGACAAGUUCCACGACCAAUUCACAAGGCAUUUGCUUUGGAGACAACACAGAAAGAGGGAAAGAGAGAGAGAGAGGAAGUGGGUGUGUUUGUUUGUUUGUUUGGUUGCGAAGAAAAGAAUCGAACGCACACGACAAUGAUGGUGAAGUUGAUGAGAGCUUCCGUUUUGAAUUCGCAUUCUUGUUACUGAAAUGGAUGGAGGCGUAAUCACCUACUUUAACCGACCACGCUGUGCGUUGAGUCGACGCUUUCACUUCAGAUCAACCUCCACAUCGCCAUCACUGCCACCUUAUUGGAGGCGCCUUCAACGACCAUGAUCAACCAGCCUAAACCCUCUAUCGGAUCUCUGACGCAGGUCCGUUACUGCUACCACCGCAACUGCCUCGAUCUCUUUUCCUCUUCACAUGGAUUCAGCCGCUUCUCGUCCCGCCGUGGUCAUCGACAACGGCACCGGGUAUACUAAAAUGGGUUUUGCCGGUAACGUGGAGCCGUGCUUCAUUGCCCCGACAGUUGUUGCUGUCAACGAGUCGUUCUUGAAUCAAAAUCGGAGCUCCACCAAAGGCAAUUGGCUUGCGCAACAUAGCGCUGGCGUGAUGGCCGAUCUUGAUUUCUUUAUAGGAGAUGAGGCUAUUGCGAGAUCUCGGAAUAGUAGUACUUACAAUCUAAGCUAUCCGAUUGUUCACGGUCAGGUUGAUAAUUGGGAUGCCAUGGAGAGAUUUUGGCAGCAGUGUAUAUUUAAUUAUUUGAGAUGUGAUCCGGAGGAUCACUACUUUCUUUUGACGGAAAGUCCACUCACUGCCCCGGAGAGCCGUGAAUACACUGGUGAAAUUAUGUUUGAAACCUUCAACGUUCCUGGUCUUUAUAUUGCGGUGCAGCCGGUGCUCGCCCUUGCGGCAGGAUACACUACAUCUAAGUGUGAGAUGACAGGGGUUGUAGUGGAUGUUGGGGAUGGGGCUACUCAUGUUGUACCUGUUGCAGAUGGUUAUGUUAUUGGGAGCAGCAUUAAGUCAAUUCCUAUUGCUGGGAAAGAUGUUACUCUUUUUGUCCAACAGCUCAUGCGGGAAAGAGGAGAGCAUGUGCCGCCUGAAGACUCUUUUGAAGUAGCUCGAAAAGUGAAGGAAAUGUAUUGCUAUACAUCUUCUGAUAUCGUCAAGGAGUUCAAUAAGCAUGACAAAGAGCCUGGGAAGUACAUAAAGCAUUGGAGGGGCAUCAAACCGAAGACAGGAGCACCAUACUCUUGUGAUGUUGGCUAUGAACGAUUUCUAGGCCCUGAGAUUUUCUUCAAUCCUGAGAUCUACAGCAGCGAUUUUGCAACCCCUUUACCAGCUGUAAUAGACAAGUGUAUUCAGUCUGCACCAAUUGACACAAGAAGGGCUUUGUAUAAGAAUAUAGUUUUAUCAGGAGGAUCAACCAUGUUCAAGGACUUCCACAGAAGGUUGCAGCGUGAUGUAAAAAAAAUUGUGGAUGCUCGGGUUCUUGCUUCUGAUUCUCGGCUUGAUGGAGAAGUAAAAUCACAACCAGUGGAAGUCAAUGUAGUCAGCCAUCCUAUCCAGAGGUAUGCGGUUUGGUUUGGAGGCUCUGUACUUGCAUCAACACCCGAAUUUUUUGCGGCUUGUCAUACAAAAGCUGAGUAUGAGGAAUACGGGGCAAGCAUAUGCCGAACAAAUCCUGUCUUCAAGGGGAUGUAUUGAUGUGAAGAUUCUUUUGGGCAUAAUUUUGAGGGCAGUUGCUGACAGAAAUGAUUGAAGGAAUGGCUUGUCAUUUCCUUCUCCAAUGUGCACCUCAAUUCACAUCUGGCUUCUGAUAUUCACUCAGCUUUCAUGUGCAUUUAUAGGUUAGCUUGUGACAGGUGGUGUAAAAUAGGCUUUUGGUCUCGUCUGUAAGAAAAUGGAUUUCUUGUAUUCUUUCAUUAGGGAGUUACAGGUUCUUCUCUUUGCAGCUAAUGGGACUCUUACCACUUGUGGUGCUGAGGAGCCCCCAGCUAACAGUUCACAAUCAGAUAAAAAGAGUCAUUAUUUAGGUUGACAUUAACUAAGCUGAAUUGCAUUUUUAGUGUUCAGCUUAGUUGGAGAUUGAUAAAAGCCUUUUCUUUUGUUGGA